UUGAGAGACAGCCAGCAUACCUUAUAAGCUGGACUGUAAUCCGUACGGAGUUAACCUAAGGUACCUACCUUAUGUAUCUUACCCCGCCCCCGCAUGCCUUAGGUAAGCUUCUCGACUCGAAGGCAGAGCCACAAGCCGCUGUAGAUGAGAGCACUAGGGAACAGUCUCCAGCCACGACCCUUCGAGUUUCAUCUGCGUGGAACCCCCCACCAGUAGCCGCUGAACCGCUACCGGCGUAUCAUGCAGCACCGCAUCGUCUCACUGGAACGCAGCUAGCUACAUGUCAUCGAGAACCCCAAAGAACAAUCAGUCACAAGCUUCCCAGUAGCUGUCCCUUUUCUCCCCUCUCCUCAGUCAUAGGAGCUCUUCCCUGCAUCCCAUCGAAUCGACCCGCCUCGAAUCAUACCAAAUCCAGCAUAAUGGCGCAGUUAACUGCAACCACCUUCUCUACCGAUCCGGCCCUGUGGAUCUUCACUUCCUUGACCGCUGGGAAUAUGCACAUCGUGACUGCCACGUCCCGUCUCGAGACCAUCCUGCGCGCCAACCGCGUCCCCUUCAAAGCCAUCGAUCUCUCCACCGAUGACAAGGCCCGCAUGCUUUGGGGCCGCCGCGCCGGCAAAGAUGCCUCGGGUCGACCCAGGAAGCUCCCAGCUCUCAUACAAGAAGGCCUCGUCCUCGGCGACAUCGUCGAGAUCGAAGAAUGGAACGAAUAUGGCGAACUUAAGCAACAUGUUAAGAUCUACUACGACGAAUUUACCAUUCCUGAUAUCAACAAUAAGCCCAAGGAAAUCGUCAAGAAGAAAAUCAUCAAAAAAGUGCCAAAGGGCACGUUGGCAGCGAAAGCCGCUGCCGCUGCCUCUGCGUCUGAGUCUUCCUCAUCCGCUCCUGCGCCACCACCUGCGCCUCCCUUACCCAAGGACGAGGCAACAAGCACCGCGGCGCCUGCCAAAGACAAAAUAGUCAAUACGCCAAAGUCACCUAUCGAGAGUGCCUCUACCGCGUCCCACCAGUCCAUCGCCGACGAGGCAGCCAAGAGGGCUAAGGAAAUACGGCUGAAAUCUUUGCGCGAAAAGGUACAGGCAGCCGCAGACAAAAGAGCCGAGGGCGAAGCUGCAGCUGCGUCCGCGUCGACAACGACCGCCGUCGAGCCCGAAAAGAAGGCCGAAGCCGAAGCCGCUGCGGAAACUACGACCGCAACCCCAGAAACGCCCCGAAAGCCCUCCGUAGCAAGCACUGGCAGUGGUUCGUCGGCCCAGAGCGCCAAGCCCCUCGGCCUUCAAUCGCCAACUACGGGCUCUUGGGGUGUCGCUACCACCACGGCAACCAACCCAGACGCUCUGCGCGAGACACUUCAGUCGCCGACAACAGCCCGGUGGAAGCCCUCCGAUGUCGAUAAGCCCGUGACAGUCCACAUGGGCGCUGAGGUGGCUUCUGCGUCGCAGGAAGAGAUUGCCGCAGUCGAGAAGGCCGAAGCUAUCAAGGAGGAGCCUAGCCAGGAGAACUCCGACGAGGAAGAGUCGGAUAAGAAGAAGAUUGCCGAGGUUGAGAAGACCCAGGUCAUUAAAGAGGAGCCGGAGAAGGAGGAGGAAUCGAACACGGAGGAGGAAUCGGAGAGGAAGAAGAUUGCUGAGGUCGAGAAGGCCGAGGCUAUCAAAGAGGAGCCAGAAAAGGAGGAAGCUGAGGACGCUGCCAAGCCCGCCGUGGCGGAGAAGGCAGCUGUGCCAAAGGAGGUUGCGGCGACAGAGAAGACCUCGGCCCCUGCGAAGGAAGCCAAGACGGCAUCGCCUGCGGAGGAUGAUGACGAAGACGACGACGAUGAAGAUGAAGAUGAUAGCGACGACAGCAGCGAAGACAGUGAAGAAGACGAGGAUGAGAGUGAAGCCGAGACGAAGCCAAAGGCCGCUGAGGCGAAGAAGGAGGAUGCUGGCGGGUCGAAGGCGAAGGAGGCGGAACUAGCUUCCAGACCUAAAGCGGCAGAGCCCAAGAACGAUGGGAAGCCUGUGGGAGACGCAUAGUUGUGCAAGAGUAGUUGGCCUCACGGGAUGGGAUGAUGUUGGUUGAUGUUUGCAGGCGAGGCUGGGUGGUUUGAUGUUUUUGAGGGGAAAUUUUGCAACUUUCAUCUCAAACUGUGACGUCUUCGACUGGAACGGUUCACUAUAUCACCUCGUUGAAUCAGGCACACAUAUGCUUUUGUUCAAAGGCUUGCACUUUUGUUUGAUGUGGUUAUCUGUGUGCUCAUCUUUCCAAAAUCAGUGGCA